CACUUAUCUUCUUCAAACCUCAGCUACCCAACUGCAACCUCCCCCUUCAUCAACAAUUCUGCUCGUACAGUCGCCCUGGCCUGCGUGGUACCUUGCUCUUGUUAUACUCGAUCCUCUGCUUUUCCAUCGUCGACGUUACCAUGGCUGCGACAAAUCAAUCGAUGUCGCGGAUGCCGUUGCGCGUGGCCGACCUCUGCAUCCUCUGCAUCACUGACCUUCGUAUCACCCUCAUCAACCAACCUCUAUCCUUUGCAUCAAUUGUCUCCGCAUCAACCGAUCUCUGCGUAAGCACCAACCGCCUGUGUGCCAGGCAACGGCUUUUGCGUGGGCUAAAAAGUGCUGGCUUUUUCUCUUGCGCCCUGCGUCAAAGCAUCGAUGUCUUCUGGCGAGCUUUACGCUAGAUCAAGGGCGGACAAUCGUGCAAGCAUUACAGGGUCGGCAUCGUUGGGGGGCAAUCGAGAGGAUGAACACGAGCAGAACUGUCCAUCAAAUCUUCCUACCAACUAUUGUACACCCCGCUACUGUUGGACUGCCCGGCCGCGAUCCAUCAAUUGGAACAUAUACAUCUCCAUGCUCGGUAUCGAAUACUGGUAAACAUCAGAGUCACCCUCGGCAUGCCCCUCAAAACGAGCCGAAGUCUCAUUCCAACCAAAUAACACUUUGUAUCCCCAGCCCGGGUGUCCAAGGAUCUGGACGAGUUGUGGAGAUGACUUCAGGAUUUCGGUCAGCUCAACCAUCCCCGCCACUUCUUCAUCAGCACCGCACCAAGUCUUAUCAUGGCG